AGAUUUGAACUUUGAAUCGUGUCUGCAGAUUCUGAGGCAACAGCAACACAGCUGAGAGCAGCACAGCUGAGGGCAGCAGACUCCCCUGUGUCCCCCUGUCUGUCCCCCUGUCUGUCCCUCUGUCUGCUCCUCCACUUCACACACAGACACCCGGCUCCAGCAAACACCAUGUCCUUCAUCCUCACCAAGAAGAAGAGGUUUAAAUUCAAAGUGGACUUCGACUUGGAGGAGUUGUCCUCCGUCCCCUUCGUGAAUGGAGUUUUAUUCUGUAAAGUCCGGCUCUUGGAUGGAGGCUUCGCUGAGCAGUCGACUCGGGAGCCAGUCCAAGCCAACUGUGUGCACUGGAGGAAGAAAUUCUCUUUCAUGUGUAAGAUGAGUGCCAGUGCUGGGACAGGUGUACUGGACCCCUGUCUGUGCCGGGUAUCUGUGCGCAAGGAGUUAAAAGGUGGAAAAACAUUUGCAAAGCUGGGCUUUGCAGACUUGAACCUGUCAGAGUUUGCUGGGUCUGGCAGCACGACGCGACGGUGUCUCCUUGAGGGAUAUGACACAAAGAACACCAGACAGGACAACUCAAUUCUCAAGGUCAUCAUUACCACACAACUUAUGUCUGGAGACCCCUGUUUUAAAACUCCUCCCUCUACAGCCAUGACUCUGGGAAUCCCACAAGCAGAAGCAGAGUGUCUUCUUGAGGACAGAAAGGGAGGCGAUGUGCACAUAGCCCUCUCACUCACUGAGAUUCCUAAGAAAUCAGUGUCAGUCCCAGAGGAGCUGGCAGUGUAUGGUCACUCUAGAACAUCCAGCUAUGCAAGUCAACACUCCAAAAUCUCAGGUUAUAGCUCAAAUCACUCCAGUUUAACAGAUCUGAGCCAUCGGAGGAGCGCAUCAGGAGGUUCUGCCUCCACAGGCAUUGGCAGCAUCCUGGAACCCAGUGACCAGCAGGUAGAGAGAGUAGAGAGGGAGAACAGGUCCACUCCACCAGUCUCUACAACCUCUCACACUGCACCUGAAAACCCCUCCACCCCUGCCAGGGUGCUAAGACACCCUGUAAAGCAGAACUCGAUGGAGAAUCAGUUGAAAAGAGUUGAUGCCACCAGGGUGGACGCUGAUGACAUAAUAGAGAAAAUCCUGCAGAGCCAGGAUUUCAGCCAGAGCUUCUUGGACUCCAGUGCAGAGGAAGAGGGGCUCAGCUUGUUUGUUGGCCCUGGUGGGAGUACAGCCUUGGGAAGCCAGCACACAAGGGUUGCCACUGGAGCCUUUGAGCAGGUGGUGUUCAAGCGCUAGGCGUUGGGGAGCAUGUGCCUCUCAGAAAGGGUGCCGUAUUACACCGAUGCGGAGGACACAAGCCUGAGGAGAGGAGAUGCCAUAAGACCCUGUUCAGGCCUCACUCCAGGAGAUUUAAUUUUCUCUUAUGCAAUCCCUCCACUUCUGACCUACAUCUUCUGUUGACCAGGAGAGCCCUCCAGUGUCCAAGAAGUGGAGUUAAACAGCACAGCUUAUGAACAAUUAUGGUGACUGCAAUGACUCCGUGUACUGACAUAUUCUGAUGGUUCUGUUCUGCGCUAUGAAAAUGUGAGGCAUAGGAUUAAUAGUGCUGUAAUCCAUCUGUUCACUCCUCUUUGUCCGUUAUUUAAAAAAGAUAUAUUAAAGUGUCAUGUUUUUAUUUUGUUAUAAUUUUAAUUUUAUUUCUAUUUUACUGUGUUAUUUUUAGUAUUUUAUUUGUAAAAAGAGUUAUUGCAACUGACAAAAGGUUUCUCCUAAAUCAGACUGGAUAUGCUGUCUAAGAGAUACUGUCACACAUUUGAGUGUUGUCCUAAUUUUUACUGUAAUGUUUUUCAAUCUGCCAAAUUUACUUAACUGUACAUUUGCUGUCACUUAAGAAGUCCUAUCUGUAGUAUAUAAGUGAUGGUCCAUGUAAUGAUGUAAAGCCCAUGAUGGGUUAAGAUAUCUAUAUGUUGUUUUCAAGGAGUUAAAUGUUAAUGGGGUGUUGAAAGCCAGAUCUGUAAUAAAAAAAAAAGUGCACUCUG